UUCUGACCAAUCGAGACGCCCGUUGUGGGCGGACGCAACGGGGCGAACCCGGAAGUGAAGCGCGGGAAAUCGCGGCCUCCUAGGGAGGAGCCCGCGACUCCCAAACAGCUACCCGCCUCCUCCUUCUUCCUCGCGCGUUUGUGCCGGCUCAGAGGCCGCUCGAGGAAGCGACGCGCUGAUGAGUGCCCAGAAGACGAAGCGCCCGCGUGCCCGUGUGUGAGCGAGCCUCCCUUUCCUCCUUCCUCCAUGGGUGAAACGACAUCGGCUGCGCUGGUGUUCGCCUGGCGGCGAGCGGUGAGCUGCAGUUGACGGUGGCACUGGCGCUGAUGAUGCGAUCCAAGUACGUGUGCACGCUGCGUGUUCUGCUGCUCGCCUUCGCGCUCCUGGCCGCCUCCAAGCUCAUAGCGGACUCGAGGAAGGGUCAUCGCCCCUCCGUGCCAGGCUCGGUUCUGACGAGGCUGUGGGGGUCAGCGCCCAGCCCCUCCGACCCCUUGGCCGUUCGCUUCUGGGGGAAACCUAGCCUGGCCGACAAGUUCUGGCGGACGAAGGUUUCGCAGGACGAGAAGGCGACGGCCGGAGCCACCGCCGGGGACGGGGAGCAGCAGGAGAAGCCGGGCGAGGUGCCCCACGCGAUGGACGAUCGGCGCGACCCCGGGGGGGCGGCGGCGGCGGCGUCCCCGGUGGAGGAGAAAGAGGAGAAGGAGGUUCGUGAGCAUAGCCCCGUCGGCAUGAGGCUCGUGCAUCUGGACCUCAAGGGGGCUGCCCCACAGAUCGGGUACCUGGAGCAGCUGAUCCCGUACUUGACCACGCUGGGGGCGGACGGGCUCCUUGUGGAGUACGAAGACUCGUUCCCCUACGAGGGCGAGCUGCAGCUCCUGAGCAGCCAGUACGCGUACAGCAUGGAGGAUAUAAGGAAGAUGCUGCAACUGGCCGAGGCUUUCAGGCUCGAGGUCAUCCCGCUGGUGCAGACGUUCGGCCACAUGGAGUUUGUGCUGAAGCACGAGAGUACGAGGGCCCUGCGCGAGGUCCCGCGCUACCCCAACUCGCUGAACCCGCACCGCGCCGGCGCCCUCGAGCUGCUCUCAGCCAUGGUCACGCAGAUCCUGCUCGCGCACCCCCGCGCGCGCUACUGCAACAUCGGCUGCGACGAGGUUUACCACCUGGGCGAGAGCCCCGAGUCGAAGGAGUAGUGGCUAAGCCAGAACGGCUCUUACCUGGGCCGAAUGUUCCUGGGCCACCUGGCCGCGGUGACGCAGCACGUGCGGGAACAGCGCCCCGAGGUUCGCGUACUCGUGUGGGACGACAUGCCUGAGCGGCAAUCGACGAAGCCGCCCAAAGAGUCCGGUAUCGCUGGAGAUGUAGAGCCCAUGCUGUGGGGCUACUCGCCUAACCUCAACGUCCAGCAGAAAGUGGAACACGUGCACAAGUACGCAAACAGUGGCUUCAAGGCGGUGUGGUUUGCCAGCGCGUUCAAAGGGGCGUCCGGGCCGAGCACGAUGGUGGCACCGGUGAAGCACCACGUGGACAAUCAGCUGCGGUGGCUGGAGGUGGCGCGGGGCAUGGCGGGGCAGCCCAUCGCCCUGCAGGGCAUCGCGCUCACAGGCUGGCAGAGGUACGACCACUACUCGGUGCUGUGCGAGCUCCUCCCCGUGGCCAUCCCGUCGCUCGCCGCCUCGCUGCAGACGCUCAUCCACGGUGGAUUCACUGAUGAGGCCAAGAAGUUAACCACUGAACUCCUGGGUUUCCAGAGCCUGACCGAUGCAGCACAGUUUACCUGGGAGGGCUCCGGCACGUUCCCCGGGUACGAGAUCUAUCGCGACGUCACCUGGGUCAGUGCCAACCUGCGGUCCUCCGUCGCCGACGUGCUGGAAAAAAACGAGUUUUUGAAGGGCUGGUUUUCACCCUACCACCGGAAGCACAAGUUUGGAAAUCCACUGUACAUGGAGCACUUUGGACAGAAAACGAGCCAGGUGCACGAUGGGCUGGAGGAGAUAGUGGGGAGGCUCAGGGGCGAGAUGGAGAGGGUGUUCUUCCCGGACGCGGUGGAGGAGUGGCUGGACGAGCACGUCAACCCGGAGAUGCAGCCGCUGCGGGCCCUUGUGAACGACUUCAAGGAGGUCAUCGCUCUGCGGGCACGGCCCAAGUCCUGAGCACCGGCGUCGUCUGCAGGCAGCGCCUCACUGGGCGCUGUCUGUGGGCUCUGUGGGGUGGACGCGGGGGAAAUUCCAUGCACCCCUCAAUCAUGUAUCAUUGUGGACCACCGUGGCUCGUGACGCUGCCUUGGGGAGUGGCUGCUCAGAGGUGCAGAUUCAUCCCACCCAACCCAACGCUCUACCUGUUAGCACACGGGAGAUAUUAAUCAUCGUCUUCAUCAUCAUGAACUAUGAUCAGUCCACUGCUGGAUGACGGCUUCCCCAUGCCAUGUCGAUCAAAGGGGAUGUUUUGACCUUACUUCACCAUGCUGGUCAGUGCGGGUCGGUGAAGGGGUGGGCGGGCGGGGGCACCCAGGACUGGUGCAGAUAAUCACUCUCGCCGCUGGUGUUAGCCGUGGCUGGGAAUCGAACUUGGCAAAAUUGGAUUGUAACAUAGUGCACUAACCACUGCGCCACCGCUGCACCCGAGACAUUCAUAGAACGCAUCCAUGCAUCGAUUUAUAGUCGAAUCUUAUGCUCGUGAUAAUUGGCGUGAAUUGUGCGUGAGAAUCGCUUCUUUUCAGUUUGUACGUGUUGUCGAGAGUGGGCUCCCGGGACGAUUGCAGAGGUGAAUCGCGACCCUGAGUCGUGACAAUAUUGAAUGGCGACAGGCAAAUUGUAACAUCCCCGUGUCGCCAUGUUCAAACUGAAAUAUCGCUUGCGUGAGUGGGUGAAGGAAGGGUGGAGUACAAUACAGCAAGUGAAAACAUCAACGUUGACAACUGCGUCUUGUUAAGUGUUGGGUUCUGAAGUUGCAUUUGGUGAUUCCAGAGGACGAGAGCCAGCGGCGUUAUUUGCGUUUGGACCUUUCUCGGUACCAUUUGAAGUGUAGCUGUGAUGCACCUGCGCAAAGAAUAAUUCUUCACCCGGAGCUUAGCUGAAGAAGGCUCUGAGCAGCACGGUCCAUUUCCAUGAGGUCGGAUCCAUUCUUAGUGGUUGUGAUUGGUGUAAUGGUGGGGUUAAGCUUUGUGUCUGCCCCUGACUUAAUAUAAAAAUGUAUGUAUGUUGAAUUUAAUUUGCACCGCACGUAGCCAAAUGUGCUAAUCGGAGGUGGGAAAAUUACAAUUAUGUAUAAUUAUUUACAAGUGCAAUCAUGGAACUAAGAUUAAACAAUGUUGGUCCUGUGGUACGACAUUUUGCAUUACUGUAAAACGUAAACAAACAAAGUCAAUUGGCAGUGCUAUAUUUACCAUGCACGGUAAAAUAUCCAGAAUAUAUUUUAUUCACUGUUUACCAUUUAAAUUUCAUACGUGUACUCUGCAGAGUUCACGAUAUCAAUACCACAUGCUCUCUUUGCUCUUAUGCUCAUUGUCCCAUUUUUGACUCUCACUGGAGAGUGCACUUUUUAUUGCUGCUGCCUUUAUAAUUUGCUCUUGCUAAGAAGUCAUCCAGCAACUUUGCCCAACGGGUUGAAUAGAACUCUUGGUUUUCAAACAUUUGUAUAUGUUUUGAAUGCAGUGGAGUCAUUGGUUUUUUUUUAUAGCUAUUUAUUACAAUGCUUUGUGUGCAUUGCUAGCAAAUCCACACUUAGCGAAGUUUUGUCACCAUUGAUGCGAUAUCCACAAUAAAGAGUUUGUCUCUGUUGCACAAUUAA